CAAAUCGAACGAACGGAACGUGCGAAGGAAGAUGGUGUUCGGGAACCAACAACGAUGGGGCGACGAAGAUGAAGACUUCCUGCCGCAGCGCACGGAAAGUGAACCGGAUGCGAACGGUGUGCGCACGAUUGUGUCGUGGAAGUUUGACGACGACAAGAACAAGGUCAAGGUCACGACCAAGAUCCAAAAGGUCCAGACCGUCCACAAAAUCAGCAAGCGCGUGAUUGAGCGCAAGUCAUGGGCCAAGUUUGGCGAAGGCGCUGAAGAAGGCAACACCAACGUCACAUACUUGUCAAACGAAACUGUGGGCAUGGACGACCCGAACGCGGAUCAAAUUUUACCUGGCGAAAAGAAGGAAGAGGAGUCGGUCUUCUCUGGUGUCAAGUCGUCCUCGAUCGUGGUGUGCCGCCAUUGCGGUAUGGUCGGCGAUCAUUGGACGUUGAAGUGUCCUUACAAGGACUCGGCCCCUCCCACCGCCGACGAAUUGGCGGAAAACACACCACCCGCUGAAGAUACAAAGGCUGCACCGUCGUCGUCGUUUGCAUCGGCAGCAUCGGGCUCUCGCCUCGCGUCUGCGUUUAGCGGGGCUUCGUCCGGCAAGUACGUGCCGCCUUCUCAACGCCGCGACGGCGGUGCAGGUGGCGACGACGCGCGUCAAUCCUCUCGCGACGACGACAGCGCGACGCUCCGAGUGACAAACAUUUCCCCCGAAACCCGCGAAGACGACUUGAAGGAUCUCUUCCGUGCGUUCGGGCCGCUCGAGCGGGUGUACCUGGCCAAGGACCGCGAGACGUUCCAGUCGCGCGGGUUUGCCUUCGUCAGCUUUGCCUACCGAAGCGAUGCCGAGAAGGCCCUGAACAAGCUCCAAGGAUACGGAUACGAUCAUUUGAUUCUCAAACUCGAAUGGGCGAAGCCAUCGACCAAGACGGCGGUCGACGAAGGGUCGGUCGGGACCACGUUCCGGUCGGGGUACGGCAAGGCACUUCCCCAGGACAUUCGAAAAUAAUCGAGUUGUAUGCUACAUGUC